AUGGUCCUCUCCUUCAUCCUGAUACAGAACCGGCAUCCACUGACACCUCUCCCAGNNGACGAAGAGAAAGUCAAGCUAAAAGGCGAGAUCCACCGCCUCGUCGCCCCCGCGACCAAAAACNACCAAUCCAACUUUGUCGAAUUCCGCGGCAGCUCCAAAAUCGUCUACCGUCGCUAUGCCGGCCUCUUCUUUUGCGCCUGCGUAGAUGCAAACGACAAUGAAUUGGCAUAUCUAGAAGCCAUUCAUUUCUUCGUCGAAGUGCUGGAUCAGUUCUUUGGAAAUGUGUGCGAGUUGGAUUUGGUGUUUAACUUUUACAAGGUGAGGACAGNNGUGUACGCUAUCCUGGACGAAGUCUUUCUGGCUGGAGAGAUUGAAGAGACGAGUAAACAGGUCGUGUUGACGAGGCUGGAGCAUUUGGACAAGCUUGAGUGA